UAGAGUAGAGUAUUGCUUCAGGGAAUCACCUCACCCACAGAGACGAACUUGGUUGCUUUGCGGGGCUUAAUCAAUGCAAUGGCCAUGGCCGCCUCGCCAACGAAUCGAAGCGUCCUUCCGACAACUGAGUGGACGGAACUUGAAGGGAUGUUCUUUACGCUCACCCGAUACGUCUGGGUCAUCAUUCCCGGCGUUGGUUUGCCAGGGAACUUCCUGUCGAUAUUGGUGGCUCUACAAAAGGACAAUCGUAAAGUCUCUACUUGCGUGUAUAUGGUUGCACUGGCUUGUGCCGACAGCCUGUCUAUCGGGGAGAACAUUGGUGGUACGUUUGUCAUAUUCUUCACCAAGGCCGAGGAGUUGCAGAUGCAAAUUCUCUAUUACCUUAGCCAUACUGGCGCCAUCCUCUCAGGGCUCGUCCUCAUGGAGAUGUCGGUCGACCGCCUGAUCGCAGUGCGCUAUCCGAUGGAGGCCCGGACAAGAUGCACCGUCAGUAGAGCGCUGAAGGUCAUCACUGUCAGUGCCAUAUUUGUCUCAGGGGCAAACUUGCACAUUUUCUUUAUUUUUCAUAAGGCAGACCUUGGAGGGUACGGACUGGUCGUAAGUUCCCCCGGCCACGAAGAAUACGAACUCCUCGUUCUCGCCUACCAUCUCGGCGUGGGCUCAGUCAUCCCCUUCAUCAUAAUAGUCAUCUGCAACGUGUUUAUCAUCGCCACUAUCAGGGCCGCAGCGAACAAGAGAGAGGCGAUGGGCCAGGACGAGAAGGGCAAGAAGAGCUCGGAGAAGGAGACGAGAUAUUUGACCCGGAUGUUGGUCAUCGUCUGCGCGGCUUACGUCGGAUUGUCCCUACCAUACAGAUUAUACGACUUGAUAUUAAAGAUUCCAGCGAUUGCCCAGCAAUACCAGGAAAAGACAAAUUAUUGGCGCUGGAGGCGUCUUUUGGAAGUCUGGACCCUUUCGCACAUCUGGGACUGGAACUAUGCCGUCAAUUUUUAUUUAUAUUGCAUCGGGGGAGGCAAGAGAUAUAGAUCUGAAGUGGCCAGGUUGCUCGGCUGUAAUAAGAAAAACCCGUAA